CUUCCAGUACUAUGUUGAAUAACAGUGGUGAAAGUGGACAUCUUUGCAGUGUUCCAGAUCUUAGAGGAAGGUCUCUCAGUUUUUCCCUAUUCACUAUGAUGUCAGCUGUGGGUCUGUUGUAUAUGGCUUUUAUUAUGUUGAGGAGAAUAACAGAUAGUCCUCGUAGCAUCUAGGAAUUGAACAGCUUGGACUUGGAGACAGUGAGUUAAAACAGAAAUAAGAAGGCGGCAGAAAAAGACUAUACCAGAUUGAAAUGUGUUGGAUAUUCAUAUCCACCCAGCACCUCAGAAUGUGGCCAUGAAGGAUGGAGACAGAGAUUGGAGUGACGCAUCUUCAAGCCUAGGAACACUAAGGAUUGCUGGUAAUCACCAGAAGCUGGAAGAGGCAAGAAAGUGUCCUUUCCUAGAGCCUUCAGAGAGAGCGCAGCCCUGCCAACACCUUGAUUAUACACUUCAAGCUUCUAGAAUUGUGAGAGAAUAAAUUUCUGUUGUUAUAAGUCACCUAGUUUGUGGUCUUUUGUUAUGGCAGCCCUGGGAAACUAAUAAACAUGAUAGUACUGGGAAGUGAGAUGCUGCUGUAGCAAAUACCUAAAAAUGUGGAAGUGGCUUUGGAACUGGGUAGUGGGUAGAGGCUGGGAGAAUUUUUAGGUACAUGCCAGAAAAAGCCUGGGUUGCCUUGAAGAGACUGUUGGUAGAAAUACUGAAGUUUAAGGGGCUUCUAGUUAGGGCUCAGAAAGAAGGAAGGAGAGCUAUGGAGAGAGCUUCUGUUGUGUUAAGGCAUAUAUAUAUAUUACCACUAAAAGAAUGUUUCUAGAAAUAUGAGCGAUAAAGGUGCUUCUGGUGAAGUCCCAGAUAUAAAUGGGGAACAUAUUCUUGGCCAGUAGAGAAAAGGCAAUCCUUGUCAUAAAGUGGCAGAAAACUUGGCUGAAUUAUGCUCUACUGUUCGGUGAAAAGUAGAACUUGUAAAAGAAGAACUUGGAUAUUUGGAUUAGGAGAUUUCCAGGCAAAGUAUGAAAGGUGCAGCCAGAUUUCUCUUUGCUGCUUACAGUAAAAUGAGAGAAGAAAGAGAUACAUUGAGAAAUGCGCUGUUAAGGAAAAAGAAACCAAGAGUUGAUCAUUUGGAAGAUUCUUAUGCUGUCCAAAUAGCAUGCUAUGAAAAAAGGGCUAAGGUGUAGCUGGACAGCUGUUUGCGAUAGACAGUAGGAGUGUGAUUUAGGGAUCCAGUCAACCAUCUCAGUAACAGCCUGCAAUAAAGAUGGGGUUAUCCAGGAAGGACCCAUGGAGCACCUUCAUGUCUAACAAUGUGAGACUCCUUGACAUUCAUGAAAGACUUACAAGGUUUUUGAGAAUUUUAUACCAGCAGAAACAGUGCCAGCCUGGACUGAAAGGGACAGAGACAAGACAAAAUGAAGGAGGAAUGACUUUUGAGGGCAGAGCCAUGAAGCAGAGGUCGGAGAGAAAGGAGUUCCUACCUCAGAGGGCCCAGAGGACAUAGCAUCAAGCCACAAAGGAUUACUCUUAGGCUUUGAAACCUGAGGGAAUUUGCACUGCUGCGUUGUGAACUUGCUAUAGACAAGUGUGGUUUGGCCAUAAGGCCAGAAAGAUUUCACAGGCCUGAACAAAAAUUCUGCGAGGAACAAAGACACAACGAUUGUCUCCUAAUGUUUGGUUUGGAUCAUUAACUAAGCCACUGUCAAGAGUCUGGAGUGAGGGCCUCACGCUGGGAAGAGUUUCUGAAGAGCCACAGUAGAAUCAGGAGGCACCUCCCUUGAGGAGGUUAAUGAGCAUUAAAUUUUUGAUGAACAUCAGGGUCUUCAAUGAAGAGGAUGAUGAUAAUUGCUAUCAUUGAUUGGGCACUUACCAUGAGCUAGACCCUGAUCUAAGAUCUUUGUGGCUGUUAAAUCUUCACAAUAGCUCCAUGAGGUAGAUCCUACGAUUAUCCACAUGUUACAGAUAAGUGAAUCAAGGUGCCGGGGAGGUGUCAUGGUGCCCCAGACCUCUGUGUCAAAAGGGAACCCCCAGAGCAAGAAACAGGAAACAUCGAGUGCAGAAUGAUCCAGGUUUUAGAUCCACGUCCUUUGACAAGUUCGGUCAUGCCCGUGGAUGUGGCCAUGAGGCUUUGCUUGGCACAUUCACCACCUGUGAAGAGUUUCCUGGGCCCUUACGAUGAAUUUCAACGAAGACAUUUUGUGAAUAAAUUAAAGCCCCUGAAAUCAUGUCUCAACAUAAAACACGAAGCCAAAUCACAGAAUGACUGGAAGUGCUCACACAACCAAGCCAAGAAGCGCGUUGUGUUUGCUGACUCCAAGGGCCUCUCUCUCACUGCGAUCCAUGUCUUCUCCGACCUCCCAGAAGAACCAGCAUGGGAUCUCCAGUUUGAUCUCUUGGACCUUAAUGAUAUCUCCUCUGCCUUAAAACACCACGAGGAGAAAAACUUGAUUUUAGAUUUCCCUCAGCCUUCAACCGAUUACUUAAGUUUCCGGAGCCACUUUCAGAAGAACUUUGUCUGUCUGGAGAACUGCUCAUUGCAAGAGCGAACAGUGACAGGGACUGUUAAAGUCAAAAAUGUGAGUUUUGAGAAGAAAGUUCAGAUCCGUAUCACUUUCGAUUCUUGGAAAAACUACACUGACGUAGACUGUGUCUAUAUGAAAAAUGUGUAUGGUGGCACAGAUAGUGAUACCUUCUCAUUUGCCGUUGACUUACCCCCUGUCAUUCCAACUGAGCAGAAAAUUGAGUUCUGCAUUUCUUACCAUGCUAAUGGGCAAGUCUUUUGGGACAACAAUGAUGGUCAGAAUUAUAGAAUUGUUCAUGUUCAAUGGAAGCCUGAUGGGGUGCAGACACAGAUGGCACCCCAGGACUGUGCAUUCCACCAGACAUCUCCUAAGACAGAGUUAGAGUCAACAAUCUUUGGCAGUCCGAGGCUGGCUAGUGGGCUCUUCCCAGAGUGGCAGAGCUGGGAGAGAAUGGAGAACUUGGCCUCUUAUCGAUGAAUUAAGCAACAAUGUAACUGGUCUUGACUUGUCAUAUUCCCCCAUGCAAUCCUAGGUCUGUAUUGCUCAAUUUUAGGAAGCCUUUGCUACUCCAUCAGUAGGUUUAGAUUUGAGCUUUUGAGACCUGGCUAUGGAAAAGAAAGACACUUGAGAAUUUAGUGUUGGGGUCUGUACAGAUGAUGCUACCCAAUUUGGCUUUGGAGGAUCAAGUAACAGGUUGAAAACUAUUUUUAUAAAGGUAAUACUUUUUCAGUUCCCUUCCUCCUUCCCUCUCAAUCCACUAGCUUUCAUGUUGGGCAAGGAAAAGUUGAGGAAGGAUGGCUGAUGGUGAUGGAAAGCUGUGUUAAUGGUAUGAGGAAUGUGUGAAAAGUAUACACAAAGGGCUCUGAAGCUCAAGUCAGAGGAGUGGGAGGUCUGAUCAUUGUUGGUGGAAAAACGUAAGGUUAUUUUGUGUUUUUAAGUUUGUUUUACAAUUCUUUCCUGGGGAAAUUAUUUCUGGAGGGGAAAAAGAUCCAUUCUACGUAUCCUUGUGGAGAAAAGCUAAAUAACCUUUAAGAAUGUGGGUGGUAUUGGAGAAAGAAGAUGAAUUAUAGCUCUGGAGAAUCAAGAUCUUAAGUGAAGCCUUUCUGUUCAGAUGUGAUCUAUAAAAAAAUCAUAAUUUGGGGAAAGUUUAAGCAAAUCUGGCUUUGUAGUCCUGAUGUUAUAAGUGACUUUGUGAUCAAACUGUCAGGCUUGGGUUCUUGUUAUAGAAUGCUUGGUAUAGAAAAACCAUGCCAUCAUUAAUGGCUAACAACACGUAGGGACUUCAUGUCGUGUCAAAGAUAGCUCUUUGCAAGUGCCUUGAUUAAACCAGAAAACUGUCAUCGUUUAACCCAAAUAUCUGAAUGGUCAUCUGGUAACUCAUGAGUUUUGGCCUCAUAAGAUGGUCCACUCUGUACACAGGCAUUCCUCCUGCAAUAAUGCUGUAUCUUUGAGACCGUUGUCAGUGUACACAACUCACAUCCUUCAUAUUGAAGGUGACUCAUUUUUCUGCACACUUUUUUGAUGUGAUGUUUGACGUGAGGCCCAACACUAGGAUUCUCAAUGCAAGAAUCCAGUACCUUGCACAUAGAAGUAGCAACCCAUCCCUUGCCUAUUUUCAUCUUGCUGUUUUCUUUUUUUUAAAAAAAUGGAUGUGACUUGUUUUGAAUGUUUUGUAUUAUACUUGUUUUUGUGUGUGCAUAAAUUCAUUCUGUAGGAUCUUAAGAAAAAGAGUCCCAGAAUGUUGCUUCUAUUAUUGUGCACAACCAUUGAGAGGUGUUACAAGAAUGCAGUUAAUUUUAACAUGUGUGAUGUGCCAUGGUGGAAAAGUACUAUCGGAAUAACUCUGCAGUGACAGAAUUUGAAGUUUGGCUAGCAUCCAUACUUUUCUACUGUAAAUAUUUCACUCUCCUCUAGCUAUCCUUGAUGAGCUUCUCGCUUUAAGAAUAAAUGUGUUUGAUAUAA